AUGGAUCUACUAUCUCCAGGACCUGCGCAAUUGCAGCAGAUACUGGCUCUCCUGCACGACACCGUGGAGGCAGCUCUGAAAUUCAGGCGAUGCCAAUUUCCAGGCUCUCUUCUGGUGCCGCUAUAUGAUCCCUAUGCUAAUUAUGUAAACCCGUGUUUUCUUUCUUCGGUGCUUCUAUGUGCUCAGCUCUUCUUUGGUGCCAUUGUGUUGUAUCAAUUGUGCAAUCUUCUACUCAAUAAUCGCUUCGGUCCGUACCGGAUCAAGUACUCGUUUGGCCUGCCUUGGAGCGUCAGAAGCGUUGGAUUUGCCCACUUUCUCCGAGUCAACUGUGCCUCUUUGCAGGCAGUUGCCUUUGGUGUGCUCACGGGGUUGAACUUGGCCCUGGGGGACAGAGUGAGGCUCGUUUCCCUUAUGGCACUGUUCCUUGUAGCGUCGCUCGUAGUGUUACCUCUCCACUUUUGCGAAACAACUAGGUCUCCGGUGGGCAGUGGCUCUCUUAUUCUGUAUUGGUUCGUGUCGCUGAUCCUUUUGUUGGCCAUCACCGCGGUGGAUUUUCUCUCGCCUUAUAAGGUAUUCGUUUUGCUGGGACACUCCAGUACUGAUGCCUUGGCCUACACCGUCGAAUUGACUCUCUUCCUCAAUGCUGUAGUCUCUUACAAUCUUGAAACACACUACUAUACUCCUUCGGUCGAGUUGAAGGAAUAUUUUGACUUAUGUGGCUGGGACAUUUCAACAGUCAAAAACUUGGUCGAGUCUUUGACCUUCACCUAUCUUAACCCCGUCUUGCAAUCUGCCUAUGAGCACUCAACUAUCGGGGCUGACGAGGUUCCUCCUCCCAUCAUUGAACUUGACGGCGAGGUCACCAUAACCGCAUUCAACAAGAGCUGGCAAAAAGAAAUGAGAAGAGCUGCUUGGUGGCGCGACAAACGUAUAAGAACCAAAAAAGAUCUCACCGAAAAGGACAAGCAACUCCAGCCUUCUCUCUUCUUCGCUAUUUUGAGGGUUCACUACAUGGUGAUCCUCAAGGGGUUGUGCUACGAUAUUGGUGAAAUGUCAUGUCUUACCUUGGCUCCAUUGCUUCUUCAAAAGUUCAUUGUUUUCUUCACAGAAUACGGAGGUGACAACAAGGGUGUACCUUCUCCUCCUAUCAUCAAAGGCUUUGCUUUAGCCGUAAGUAUCUACCUCUGUUCUGUAGUCAGAUACUUCUCCUUCAACCAGUACUUUUUGGCAUUCAUCUUAACAUCCACGAGUAUCAAGUCGACUCUCACUAACCUCAUAUAUGACAAAGCUAUGAAAUUAUCCCCAGAAAGCAGAAGAGAGAAGGGAACCGGUGAAAUUGUUAAUCAUGUUGCCGCAGAUGUGAAUGAAAUCGCUUUGAGUAUCGAAACCUGCUCUGACGCGCUUACAAUUCCAUUGAGAUUAAUUUUGAGUCUUGUCGCCUUGUACAAGAUCUUGGGUAAUGCAAUGUGGGCUGGCUUAGCUCUUGCUGUAGUGUUGGUUCCUCUCAGUUCCAUGAUAACUUCCGCUAUUUAUGGUCUCUACAAUCAGCAGAUGAAAUACAAAGACGAGCGUUCAAAGUUGACAAGCGAAAUCCUUAAUUCGAUCAAAAGUAUCAAAUUGUAUUCUUGGGAAACACCAAUGCUCAGCAAGCUUGAUGAGGUGAGAAACAAGAAAGAGUUGAGAAUCAUGAAGAAGGCUGGUAUCUAUAACGCUGGAUCGUCUUUCUUGUGGGAAUGUAUCCCAUUUUUCGUGUCCUGUGCCGUAUAUUCCGCAUACGCUUUGUUCUUUAAUGAAGCACUCGUGCCAUCUGUCAUUUUCCCUGCAUUGGCCCUUUUUGACCUUUUGGCUCAACCAAUUCAAAUGCUUCCCUAUAUUUUUUCCAAUAUCGCGGAAGCUAAGGUCGCAUUGGAAAGAGUUGGGAAGUUCUUCGUUUUGGAGGAAAGAGCUACAAACAUCGUGCAGAGAUCUUUUAAACCAUCGAAGAAAAAUGAUGUCAAUGUUGAGAUUAAAAACGCCACUUUUGUAUGGUCUUCAAAGACCCUGAAAGACAAAACUUCUCCUGAAGAAUCCAAAAUUGCCUUAAAAGACAUUAAUUUCCAGGCUAAAAAAGGUCAAUUGACAUGUAUUGUCGGAAGAGUUGGAGCCGGUAAGACUUCUAUUCUCAACGCAAUCCUUGGUGGUAUUCCACUCGUCGAAAAUCCACAAGCAUCUAUUUGGUCCAAUGGAAAGAUUGCGUACUGCCCCCAAAAUCCUUGCAUCUUCAACACCUCUAUUCGAGAAAACAUUAUUUUUGGCAAAAAAUUUGACAAAUCCUUCUAUGACCAAACUGUCGAGGCAUGUCAGUUAACAAGCGAUUUUGAAGUUUUACCUAAUGGCGAUGCUACACUUGUGGGUGAAAAAGGAAUCUCUUUGUCAGGCGGUCAGAGAGCUCGUCUUUCCUUGGCUCGCGCUCUCUAUUCCAGAGCUGAAAUCUAUUUGUUAGAUGACGUCCUUUCCGCAGUGGAUGCUCAUGUUGGUAAGAAGAUUACUCAACAAGUACUCGGACCAAAAGGACUUUUGGCAUCCAAGACUCUUGUUCUUGCUACAAACUCGGUAAAGAUCCUCAAGCUUGCGCUGGAAAUUGUGUAUGUACAAAAGGGAGAGAUUAAAGAAAGAGGAUCCUAUACAGAACUCAUGAGGAAUGAUGGCGAGGUCUAUCGUCUCGUCAAGGAAUACGCCGAAGAAAACCAUGAUGAAGUCGAGGAAGAUACAGAAGAAAAGGACGGUGCAAAGACACCAGCAUCGGCCAAUGACAGUGCCGAACUAGUCGCCUAUAUUCCAGAGGAUACCAACACAGUCAAGCUUACCAGAAUCACCUCCGCUACAACUAUUGGCGCUGCCAGUUUAGUGUCAUUUGGACAUGAAUAUGCUUUCGAAGCAGACUUCGAGUCGAAGGCAGAUAAGGAAGAAACCAACAAGGGAAAUGUGAAAUGGAGUGUAUACCUUGAGUUUCUUAAGGCAUGUAACUGGAUUUACAUUAUAGUUUGGCUUGUUUUCAAUUUCGCGGUUGUUGAAGUUGCUAUUUUGGGAAAUUGGGUUCUUAAAUAUUGGUCAGAGAAGAACUUGUCUCAGGGCGACAACGUGAUGCCUGGUUUCUACCUACUUCUCUAUCUCCUGACAGGUGUUGCGGGUGCACUUCUAUCCUUCACGAGUGCCUACAUUAUCUGGUCCUUCUGUGCUAUCCGGAGUUCUUCUUUCUUCCAUGAUGAAAUGGCUAAGAGUGUCUUGAGGUCACCAAUGUCCUUUUUCGACACCACUCCAAUUGGCAGAAUUUUGAACAGAUUUUCUGAUGAUCUUUCUUCGCUUGACCAAGAGGUAUUGUGGAACAUCAUGCUGUUUGCAUCUCUUGUUAUUGAGUGCUUCUCUAGAUUGGCCAUUGUCAUUUACAAUUUGCCAAUGAUGCUAUUCGUUAUUUUAUUCCUUGUGUUCCUCUACAACUACUUCAGAAGUCGUUUCAUGCCUGCAAUGAGAGAGCUUAAGAGAUUAAGAUCUAUCCUGAGAAGCCCUGUCUUCUCGCAUUUGCAAGAGUCCAUCAAUGGUGUUGAAACCUUAAUGGCUUAUGAUGAAAUUGACAGAUAUUCGCACUCAAUGAAGUCAAAAGUGUCUGUGGUGACAAAGAUCGACUGGACCACUCAGUGCUGCAACAGAUGGUUGUCUAUGCGUCUUCAAUCCAUCGCAGCUAUUAUCGUUCUUACCUCUUCAUUAAUGAUUCUCAUCAGUUUCCAGUUUAGCAAGCAAUUUAGUCCAGCUAUGGUCGGAUUUAUCAUGACUUAUGUGUUCACAAGCACCACUCAAUUGAAUGCCAUUGUUAGAAUGUGGACGCAAUGUGAGGUCAAGGCGGUCAAUAUCGAGAGAAUCCUCGAAUACCAUAAGCUACCAUCAGAGGCCGCUGCUAUCAUUGAGGACAGCAGACCAUCGUCUUCAUGGCCAGAGGACGGCACGAUUCAUUUCAAGAAUUACAGUACCAGAUACAGGGAAGGCUUGGAUCUUAUUCUCAGAAACAUCAGUUUGGAUAUCAAGCCAGCCGAAAAAAUUGGUAUUGUUGGACGUACUGGUGCGGGUAAGAGUUCUCUUACCCUAGCUUUGUUCCGUAUCAUCGAGCCUGUCCAGGGUAAUGUUGAGAUUGACCAAAUAAACACGAGCGAAAUUGGCUUGUUUGACCUCAGAAGCCAGCUUAACAUUAUUCCACAAGACGCUCACGCAUUUGAGGGUUCAGUGAGAGAAAACUUGGACCCAUUUAAGAGCUACAGCGAUGAGCAGUUGUGGAAAGUUUUGGAGAUGGCUCACUUGAAAGAGCACGUCGAAUCGAUGAAAUCUGAGAGCAAAGACGACGGUAAGAAAGACGACCAGGACAAAAAGGACGAUGACGUCAAGGACGCCGAGCCGCAGGUGGGCCUCAAUGCCAGAGUCACGGAGGGUGGUUCCAACUUAUCAUCCGGCCAAAAGCAACUUCUUUGUUUGGCCAGAGCAUUGCUUAAAGAAUCCAAGGUAUUAGUCUUGGAUGAGGCUACUGCUGCUGUCGAUGUUCAAACCGACAAGAUCAUUCAAGCAACCAUACGGUCUGAGUUCAAAGACAAGACGAUUUUGACGAUUGCCCACAGAUUGGACACGAUUAUGGACAGCGACAGGGUUCUUGUAUUGGAGCGAGGCACCAUCAAGGAGUUCGAUUCCCCUACCAAUUUGCUCAACAACAGGGAUAGCGAGUUCUAUUCGUUGUGCAAGGAGGGUGGCUAUUUGGACGAGAACGGAAACUUGAAGACAAAAAAUGCAACCCCAACCCCAACUCCAACACCAUCUAAUUAG